AUGUUUUGCGAUAUGAACUUGGGGACUGGAGGUUAGCCUAUUUCAUUUUAUCUCAACCUAUACCUGUCAAAAGAUAUUUUUCUUUAAUUUUUUGUUUUUUUCUGUUAAUUUCUAUUUCAUCUAUUCUUUCAUUAUUUACCAUUUAUCUCCUAGACAUCGAUGAAUGUAAGAGUGAUAUCUUGCUCUGUGACGUGAAUGUAAACUGUUCAAACACUUAUGGCUCGUAUAAAUGCACAUGCAAGGAGGGAUACAAUGGAACUGGACAUGUAUGUACAGGUAUGAUGAACUUACUUCGUUUUAAUCUCUGCUUACGGUUAGUAACUGGCAUUUUGUCAGUCGAAUCCGAAACUUUUCUUGGUUGCUUCCCCAUUUUGUAUUUCCUGAAAGCUUUUCUUCCAAAG